GCGCUGGGAUCACCGCCUUGGAGAGGGAGGUGAAACUCUGCAGCCGGAGCCACAGAUCUUUUUUAGGCCAGGUCAAUUGGUUUUGGAUCCUGCAAAGCUAGCGGCUGUCAGGGUGAAUCAAUUGCAGAAUACAUUCUUAGAGCGCCUAUACACGGCUGCUAAAGAAGAUAGUUUCUGGCAGGAAUUGCACCGCUCCCUGGUUGAAAGGAAACCAAAUUUGGACCAGAACUUGUCGGUCAAGAACGGUCUCAUCUUCUACAAGAAUAGAUGGUAUAUACCCAAAGACAAGAAGCUUCAGAUGGAAAUUGUUACGGGCAUGCCAAGCAUUUACGGGAGUGAAAGAAAGGCUAGUAGAUACCCCAAUACUCUUUGA